AUGAAGAUUAAUGACGAAGCUCGACGGUCGACUAGAGCUGUAGUGCUUGGGACGGCGAAGGUUAUGGGAUUCAACGAACUUCAAGAAGCACGAGCGAAGCGUGCUGAGAUAGAGGCGACUAAGAAAGCUAAAGGCAAGGCAAAGCGUGGCCGGCCGAAGAAAGCUUCGCUAGAAGAAGGACAAGCUACUGUGGGCGAGGUAAAACGUGGACGAAAACGCAAGGGUACACCAGACGCUGAAGAGCUAAGUGCGAAGGUGGCGAGGCAGAGCGAAGCACCAGUUGAGGAGAGUGUAGCAUGGAGAGCUCCAGAGGCGCGCAUGUGGUAG